UUUGGGUUAUUGGUGAACGCCCAAAGUGCCUUUUGAUAACGUCACGGAAAUGUUGACUGCAUGGGUAUACGCAAUAUCUCGCACUGGCGUUUAGGUGCAUGUGAAACGUGGACAUUUUUCUUCCAAAGUUGUUGCUUUCGCGGAACAUAGAAAUGAGUACAGAUCCUCGCGUGUGGAAGGCCAUUUCUUGGGGGAAUUGUUAAUCGCUGUUCGUUAAGGUUUAGUGGAGAAUCGGAAGUUAACGUGUACCGAGCAGUAUUUUCAAGAUGAGUGGCACUGAAGCAGCAACUGGCCCGAUGAUGGUCGAUGCAGUGACACCAUCUGCGGCGGGUGACGCUGGCGGCAGUGGUACCGAUGUCAACAUCAUCAUCACGGUAGCUGCCUGCAUCGGUGGACUGUUCCUUGUCGUUCUAAUAAUCUUCAUCAUCUUUGUCAUAUACUUCUAUAGAAAACAGCUUAAAGAUGACGAACUCGACAAGAAAAAUCCAUCACUCAGAGCAGACCGUCUAGACUGGAAGCAGCAUUCGCUGGCCCACCAGUUUGGCGACAUCAAUGACGUCGACGUGAUGUUGUGGACGGAUCGGGGCCGCAAGGCCAACGACGAGACAGACAACCCCGCUUUCGGCAAAGACUUUGAGCCCCUUGAUGUGAACAACUUGAGGCGUUUUGACCUCACAGAUGACGAAGCCGGGUCAGCACAGGAGACGGAAAGCACUGGCGACAUGGUGGAGAUCAACUUGGACGAGGAAGAUGAGGAGGACAACCCAGGAGCCCCCGAUACCCCCGGAGGCACCAAGCAGAUCUCCAUCCUGGAUAUGAACACGUGGGGCCAGCCCGGUACCUCCCGCCACAACUCGGUGCGAAGCGUGCGCGGCCUGGGCCCGCCGCCGUCAUUCGAGCCCAGAUCACCCGAUGCCAGGUCGCAGGGGGGAGGGUCCCUUCGCUCGCAGAACGGCAGUCCGUUCCCGUACGCGUCCUACGAACCCGAGAUCACACCUCGUCAGCAAACACUGGCGCCCGGAUCCCAGAGGGGACUUCCCUUUACCGUCUCCAACCCGUCGAACGACCCCCGGUUUCAGUACACGCGCACCAACCCACUCAUGGCUGAAGCUGUAGGCAGGAGUACCAACGACAAGUUUCCUUUCUCUGCGGGAGAGGCGGCGGGGUAUUCCUCCCACGUGGAGCGCGACUUCGGUGGAACCGAAGACAUCACGAGCGUGGAGUUCGAUCGGUCGAGCAAUCUGAGGGGUUCGCGCCGAAACCAGUCCGUGGUGGAUUUCUACGAGAGCGGGACUCGAACCACCGGUUCCAGCUUCAGUCUGGCUCUCGAGGGAAGUGGUUCGAUUGGCAAGAACUUGCUCUGGCAAAAUAAAAGUUUCGGUGGUAUCACUGGUAUGAUGGGUAUGGGUAAUAAUACUAAGUAGGUAAUUGAUCUUUGAAUGAAAAUUGGUCCCGUGCUAUUUUCGAUUUCCACCCCGAAAAAUAGACUUUUUAGAGAAUAAUUGGUUUUCUAGUAAUACAUUUACAAAACUGAUUCAUUUUUAUGUCGCCUGAACGAAGUUUUGGGAGACACUAACUAGUCCUAAAUUCUGUAUGACCAUAGACCCGUAGACCUGCAGACAGGUAUGUUAAAGUUUUGAAAAAAAUGAAUAACUUCUA